ACACUGUGCUGCUGCUGCUGCUGCUGUUGCUGUUGAGUCUGGGUGUCUGUGCCGUACAUUGUGCCGAUCCUCUCUAAAUAAUAUCAACUGGAGUUCAAGUACAUCCGUUUUCUGCCUGGUAACUCUGUCUACAGCUCUAUCUGGUUUCUUAUUGGACAGAACAUUUAACCCUGCCCAGUCCAGUCCUGAUAAUUUACUGUGCAGAGAAGUUUGGUACUGGCAUUUUGUUCCUGAGUGGAGCUGGAGUAAUUCUUGGAGUCUUUCCAUUGUGUAUAAAGAUAAGGUAACAAUGGGUCACACUGUGCUGCUGCUGCUGCUGCUGCUGUUGAGUCUGGGUGUCUGUGCCGUACAUUGUGCCGGUGGCCAUGUUUUCCAAUAUCUCAUAACACGAAUAUUAUUUCCAACCCCGGGCCUGCCUAUGUAUUCUAUAAUUCUGUAUCUUGAUGACUUAAAGUGUGGAAAGUACAGCAGUGACACCCGCCAGGCUCAGGUUUUGAUUUCACUUGAUGGUUUAAUUAAUAUCCUGCCACAGAAAGUCCUGGCUGUGCACCUGGAGAUGCAGACUAAAUUUGCUCAGGAAUUGGAGAUUACUGAAAGGGACGAAAUGGAAUUUAUAAUGGGGUUUUCAAACAAGACAUACGAUAAAGGACAGUUCCAUGUCUACCAGAGGAAAUUUGUCUGUGAGCUGAAUGAAGACGGUACCACUAGUGGAUAUGAGGAGAUUGCAUUAAAUGGCAAAGAAAUUAUAGCACUGGAUAAAGAGAAGGUGGUGUAUGUGCCUGUAAUGCAAGAGGCUCUGGUUAUGAUGGACCAAUUGAAUAAGCGCUAUGAUCAUGCAGUGGAUAAUAAGAUGUACAUGGAGAAUGAAUGUAUCCAACAAAUUAAGCUGUAUCUCUAUUAUUUAUCAGCUGACUUGAACAGGAAAGUUUCCCCUAAAGUGAAGGUUUCCAGCUCAGAGUCAGAGAGUGGUACCAAACUGCACUGCUGGGCGUAUGGGUUCUACCCCCGAGAUGUGGAAGUGAAGUGGAUAAAGAAUGGGAGAGAUGAGAUUUACUCCGAGGAAUCAGCAGAGAUCCUGCCAAACCCUGAUGGCACCUAUCAGAUCAGAGUCAGUGUGGAGGUAACACCAGAGGAGGGCGCCACUUACUCCUGCCAUGUGGAUCACAGCAGUUUGGAGGAUAGACUGGUUGUUCCCUUUGAAUCCAGUAAUAGAAGCAUGUUGUACCUCCUGAUCGGUGGGACUGCUCUUCUUCUUGUCCUUGCCAGUUUUGCGCUGGGAAUAUUCAUAUAUACACGGAGAAAGAGUAAAGGAUUGGAAAAAACAGGAGAAACGGCGUGAAUCUUGAGCAACUGUAGAAAUAAGAAUUAUGGUGUUAGUGUUUGAAUUACCUUUUCAUAAGGGUCACUUUCUACAGGAUUGAUUUAGCCCAGCAAUCUGUUUUUGGGGAGGAAUCCCACAGACAUUUCAAAGAGUUCUCUGGUUGGAAUCAAAUCCAGGACCUCAGCACUACAAGACAACCAUGUUAACCUCACUACUACGCUUAUAUUUUGCCAUCCAACAGCAUAACAAAUGAAACGAUACUACACACCUUCUACAGAAGAUCUCCCAGUUUUUUCACCACAGGAAUGGUGACCAGGGAAAGCUGCCCUGAAACUCUAUCGAGGCAAUAAAUAUAAAAUUGUGCCCAGAACACACAAUAUUAAUGUUGAGCUACAGACAGUUUUAGACUGCUAGGCAGCUUUAGCUCGACAACACUCUUUGAAGGCCUAAAGUAUCAAUGAUCCUGUCUGCUCACUGUCUGUACCAGAUCUUGACUCAUUAUUAUCACUAAUGAUUGGUGAAUUCCCUUGCAUCUGUAAUUAGAUUUUGGCCAACAGGAUUCUCAUUGGCAGCGUUUCAUAUAUUUAUAAUUACUUGAAUUGUAAUCAAACUAGAGGGAGGGGCAGUGGAGCAGUUUUAUGGAGGGUUUGCAGCCCUUUUAAGCACUUUAUUCUGUUUCCAAGGAAUGUCCUGGUGUCCUCUGGAAAUAACAAAUGGUGAAUAAAUGACUUUAUUGAUGGCCCAAACUGGCAAUCUGUCGAUUUAGACAAAUGCCCAAUGGGCCUGUCUAUUUAUUGUUAAGUGGGGGAAGCCGAGAAAACAGCUUGGGGUCCCUCGGGUAUCGGGUCGACCCGCACAUCACUUCUACUCACCAUUUUGUUGAAUUGUGUAUUUUUUUUUAUUUCUUGCCGUUCUUAUCUGUCUUCCUCAUCUAUUUUGGUUUUCUUCCAGAACCUUCUGUUCUGCUCCUUUUAGCCACAUUUUCUUUUCCUGUUCCACGUUUAAUCUCUUUCCUUUCCAUUUCACCGUCCCCUUGCUUCUGCCUCUACUUUGAUUUUCUCUUCCUUUUUGUAUACUCCAUUUUCUCUGACUAUCACUAUUUGCAGGUGGGAAUUCUAACCUCAGGUGGCAUUUCACUAGGGGUCUAUGGUAACUUCAAGGGCUGGAUGUCCAUUGUUUAUAAAGUUUGCAAAACUGUGCACCCCAGCAGCACCAGAAAUGCUCCUAUUUGCAACCAAUUUCUCUUUGUCUCCUGGUUUCUGUUACCUGAUGCCAUAACUUUGGUUGUGAGGUGCACAUAGGAAGCUUGCCUGGUUUCCAGCUCUCUAACUCUGAGUUAGUCAGUGACUAUAAGGGGGGCCACAUGGGACAUAACUGUUCAGUGAGUUUGUAA